CUUAAGGCCUUGCUAGCUGCCUUCCCUCCUCUCUAGCUCCCUGAAGGCAGUGCAGAUGCACAUUCCAGCGAGAGCACAGCCCCCUAGGGAGGAGGGACGACUGGAGCCAGUGAGCGAACGAGGGAGCAAGGGAAGGAGUGAGUGAACGAGUGAGCACUCCCAUGCACUCCUCCAGCUCCAAGAACUGAGCUCUGCUCCAACUUGUCCAAGUGCAGAUGCACCACGUUGUGUUGUUUUUCCUGCCGCUGUAAAACUCGGUGUGUAUCUAUCAGGGCCCUCCUGGCGGUGUGCAGGGAGCCUCCCGGGAGCUGGCUGUAGCGGUGGCUGUGGUGUAGGCUGUGGUGUAGGCUGCUGUGCUGUGCUGUGCCGCUACAGGUCUGAGACUGUGGAAUGUAGGACAAAAUAUUCUUACCUGUCAAGUGGCCAUGCUAGUGAGUUGUCCAGCUGAAAGGACGGCGCUGAUGAUCUAGUCUCGACGCCGGGCAGCCUGUCUGUCAAUCAACCAGUCAGUCAAGUCAAGUCAGACAGACAAACAGACUGACAGCCGGCCGGCCGGUCAACCAGCCGGACGGACAAGCGCCGUGGACGUGAUGAGAGGACACUCGAGCGUUUUCUGGUGAAUGGGUCAGGGUGAGUGCAGGUGGUGAAGAUGCGUUGCCUGGCAGCCCGCGUCCACUACAAGACGCUGAUUGUGAUCUGCGCCCUGCUCACGCUCAUCACCGUGCUGCUGUGGAACAAAUGCUCCAGCGACAAGGCCAUGCGCUUCCUGCCCAGGCCCCAGCCCGCCCCCAGCCCCAAGGGGGAUGUCGCCGGCCUGGGCCUGGGCUUGGGGCAGCAGCAGCAGCAGCCUCCACAGCCCCCGGAGCCUCCGCCGGUGGUGGGAGCAGUCGGGGUGAAGUACGAGGAGAUCGAUUGCCUCAUCAAUGACGACGUGACAGUGAAGGGGCGUAGGGAGGGGAAUGACGUCUACCUGCCGUUCACUUGGAUGGAGAAGUACUUCGAGGUGUACGGGAAGGUGGUGCAGUACGACGGCUACGAUCGCUUCGAGUUCUCGCACAGCUACUCCAAGGUGUAUGCCCAGAGGGAGCCCUACAACCCCAGUGGGGUGUUCAUGUCCUUCGAGGGCUACAACGUGGAGGUGCGGGACCGUGUCAAGUGCAUCAGUGGAGUGGAAGGUGUGCCCCUGUCCACGCAGUGGGGACCGCAGGGCUACUUCUACGCCAUCCAGAUAGCGCAGUACGGCCUGAGCCACUACAGCAAGAACCUGACGGAGCGGCCGCCGCACGUGGAGAUGUACGACACGGCCGAGGAGCGGGACAGCAGGGCCGGCGCCACCGCCUGGGCCAUCCCCAAGGGCUGCUCCCUCACCAGGGCCUACGACAAGAGCCGCGCCUCCUCCGUACGACAGUUCAGCGCGCCAGACAACUCUGAGGGGGUGACUCUUCUUCUGGGAAACUCCAAGGACUUCAUCAUCUCCUUUGACUUGAAGUUCGUCUCCAACGGCAGCGUCUCGGUCGUCCUGGAGACCACGGAGAAGGGCCCGCCGUUCGUCAUCCACUACGUUACCAGCACGCAGCUCAUCGCCUUCAAGGACCGUGACAUCACCUACGGCAUCGGGCCGCGCACCUCCUGGACCACGGUGACGCGCGACCUCCUGACGGACCUCCGCAAAGGCAUCGGCCUGUCCAACACCAAAGCCGUCAAGGCCACCAAGACCAUGCCGCGGCGCGUCGUCAAGCUGGUGCUGCGCGGCCGCGGCGCCAUCGACAACGUGACCAUCUCCACCACUUCGCACAUGGCCGCCUUCUACGCGGCCAGCGACUGGCUGGUGCGCAACCAGGACGAGCGCGGUGGCUGGCCCAUCAUGGUGACCCGCAAGCUGGGCGAGGGCUUUCGGGCGCUGGAGCCCGGCUGGUACUCGGCCAUGGCGCAGGGCCAGGCCAUGUCCACGCUGGUGCGUGCCUACCUGCUCACCAAGGACGAGGUGUACCUGAAGGCGGCGCUGAAGGCCACGGGGCCCUACAAGCUGCCGUCGGAGCAGCACGGCGUCAAGGCCGUCUUCAUGAGCCGCUACGACUGGUACGAGGAGUACCCCACCACCCCUUCGUCCUUCGUCCUCAACGGCUUCAUCUACUCGCUGAUUGGUCUGUACGACCUGGCGGAGACGGCCGGACGCGACAAGGUGGCGGGCAAGGAGGCGGGCCAGCUGUUCGCCAAGGGCAUGGAGUCGCUCAAGGCUAUGCUGCCGCUCUACGACACGGGCUCGGGCACCAUAUACGACCUGAGGCACUUCAUGCUGGGCUCGGCGCCCAACCUGGCGCGCUGGGACUACCACACCACGCACAUCAACCAGCUGCAGCUACUGGGCACCAUAGACAACUCGCCCGUCUUUAGGGACUUUGUGAAGCGCUGGAAGAGCUACCUGAAAGGAGUGAGGGCCAAGCACAACUAAGGAACUAAGGACUUACCAAGCGGCUCACCAAAAUCCCCCAAAGCCCAGGGGCAGGGGACGUAGGAUGGGCACAGGGUGGUAUGGUGUGGCGUGGCGUGGCAAAGCUAGUGCCAGUGCCAAUGCCAACACCCGAGGGGUCCGUCCAGUCAAACAACCCCCAUGUGGCUGGCGUUGGAAUAUAGAGGACAGACAACAGUGUCUGUACUGUAGCAAGAAAAAUGGAUGUGAUUGUGUGUUGCAGUUUCCCCCAGCCUAGAGAAGUAACUGAACUCUUUUGUAGUGGCGCAGUUUUCUUUUCUCGAAACUGUAAUUGCAGUGCUUAUCUUUGCUGUGAUAGAGGUAAUGCAUACAAAGAAGUUGUGGCUUCUAGCAGUUUGCCAUUUUCUGAUGGCAGUGGGGUUGAGGGGGUAUUUUAUUAUUUCUGAGUCGACACAGACACACGAGAGAGAUAUUUCUCCAGGCCUGGAAUAUAUAAGCAGGGGGGAGUUAUUAACUUGCGGGGGAAAAUGUGUGGGUUCAUUUUCGUGUGAGAAGCUGAGCGUUAAAGCUAAGAAUUGUUCGUUAUUAGCCAGAUAAAACCAAACAUGUAACAUGAUUAUGGAUAUCGCAGAAGCAAAUUCUCUAUUGUUAUAGAAGAAAAUAACUCAUCAAAGGUAUCAAAAAAGACAAAAAAAGAAUAACAUUUAUGUGCGAGAAAAGAUCUGCCUUUUUUACAAACAGUGGUUUUACGCGAACUAAAAUAGGAGUCCCUGAUUUAGUAAGAUUUGAAACAUUAAUCAUGCUGAUGACCUUGGUUAACACUGUUAUUGGACCAUGAGUGAUCUCGCCGUUGCAGAAACGGGAACGGAAAAGCCGCUAGCCUUCCCCUCUUCCUUCCUGUGCACUAGCCUGACUCUCUCCCUGAGGAGCAUAGACUAGUUCCGGAUAUACCCCCCACCCUAAGCCCAGCCCAGCCCAGUCCAACCCAGCCCAUAAUAUUCCCCCCUCCCUCCCCUGCUCCCCUGGCGACUAGAACCUCACCACAAUCACAUUGUCUGUUUUUAUGCUGCAGAGAGACCAGGGCCGUAUAAUCCAGUUAGGGUUUUGGUAUGAUGUUCUCAGGUUAGUGGGAACGGUGCUGCUGACGGUUAUGGGGGGAAGGUGGCGGUGCGCUUCGCUAAAAUGAUGCAUUUGCAAAGGAGCUCAGGCGCUGUGCAAGGCUAUGGCUUUGCCCACAAACCAGCUAUUACUAAACGCUCCUCAUCAAAGACAGGAAGUGGGUGGUGGUUUUGGAGGUGGGGUGUGUGGUGGAAGUAGGAUGGAGGUGUGGGGUAGGACGUUGGGGAGAGGGUGGUGGUGCUUGUGGUGUUGGUAGUGGCAACUAACUCAGUUUGUCCUGCUUGCUUUGGUAGUAUUAGUGAUGGGAGGGGCUUGCUGUGUAGACCAAGACGUUAAAGGGAAAAAAAGAGGAUUAGCACAUUUUGACCUACGCAGAGUAGCAUGACUACACAGUUGUGUUCCCCUCCUCCUUCUUUGCUGUCACUCCUGUCCGGUCAGUGGCAGAAAGCAGACGGAUCUUGAAAUGAGCUGAAAUUGAUUUGCUCUGUGUCAAAAGACUAACUGAAAAGAAGACGCAAGACGGAUGAAAAAAAAAGAAAAUCCAACUCAAAAUUGGUGGUGUUAAGGCCGGCUCUAGUUUUGAAGGUCGUAACUUCAAACCUCUUCUCAUCUUUGCUUCAAGUUGAAGACCUUUUGCACUUUACUCGUGUGAUAGUAAAUGCCUUGUAUGACUCUCUCGACACAUUAUAUCCAGUCCUGUAUGUAGUGAAACCCAGAAGCUCAGUGGAUUUCAAAAUGCCACUUUCUUUUGUUUUUCCAUUUCAUUUCAGGCUCCCUUGCCUUGGUUUUUGUAUCUCCCCCCCUCAACGACACAGAGGGGGAGAAUAUAUAAGGGAAUUGUUUUUGGAUAAAACAUUAGCUUUGUUUUUAUCUUCUCUUCUGAUCCAUGAGACCACUAGCUGUCCCUCGUCGCUUAUUGUUGGAGCAAGAUGCUUUUGGCAGCUGGAACUCAAUAGUAGCUCACAUAACCCCCUCUUCCUCCUCCUCCUCUCUCCUCUCGUCUCCUCUUUUUUGAAUUCUUCAUCGCUUUUAUUUCAAGACAUCUCUUUUUGGUUUGUCUCACUGCAAGUAAGCAUACAUCAUUUUGUCAGUUUAAGUUUCAAUUUGCUGAAUUCACAUCACUUUGUUUUUAUGUUUAAUAAGAUGCUUUGCCAUUCAGACGCACGGUGGGAUUGUGUUUCUGCGCUGGCUUGUUUUGCAAAUGUGGGGUUUUUUUUCCGUGACUGUCUCUUUGUUGUCAAAGCAAGCGGCCCAGCCUCAAUUUGGUCACUGGCAAAUGACAGCUAGCAGGACAGGGCUGCUGACAGCUUUGUUUGGGCCCAGGGACAAAUACCUACAAUGCAAAUGAGAACCCAAUUCUGGGCCUCCUCUCUCCCUGGGCCUGAGACACCUGACCCGUUUGUCCCCUACUGUCAACUGCCCUGACAACAAGCAGAACAGAAUGGAUUGCCGGUGUCAUUACAGCCACCGAGGGGAAAUGUCUGGACAUCACUGCUGGCCGAGAUGUCCCCUCGUAGCCGUGGUGGUCGGUGGCCCAUGACAGCUGGUCCUUUCUGUCAUCCCCUUGUUUGGCGCUGGCUUAACCUGGUUAAUCUCUGGGCUUUUGAUUGUGCUUGUGCCUAAGUGUGGAGGUGCGCGUAGCUCGGCCGUUGUUAAUACCGUUGGUUAAGAGGACUGGGCGCUGAGGAGGGAUUACAGCCCUGCAGUCUUAAAGAUGCACGCUCAUCUGCUCUGCUCUGCUCCGCCAGUGCAUGCAGUCAGUGAAUUGUAAUUCUAGAUGCCGGUCAGAUGCUGGACUUUUUUUUUUUAAAGGCAGCACAAAAUUGUGCUGAUCGCCGUUUUCCCCCAAUCCUUCCCUAUUCCGCAGACACCAACAGUCAAGCAAGCAAGCUUUUUUUAUUUUUAUUUUGUAUUAUUCUGUAUUUUUGUAUUAUCAUUCCCGCAUCACAUUCAUAAGCUAUGACCUAAUAUUAUCUUCUUUAGUCUGGUGGCUGGUCAAAAAAAAAGAAAAACAAACAAAAACAAAAACACACUGUGCCACUCAACUAGAUAAGUCUUCAGUCGCCAGACUUACAGACUUGUUUUUUUUGUGCCUGAAUAUUUCAAAGCUUUCCACUGAACCUACCACCUACUGCACCAAGAUCUUCCACUCACUCACUCACUCACUCACUCACUCAAUAACUCAAUCAUUCAUUUACUCACUCUCUCCUCCCUCACUCCCUCCACAUACAGUAAGCCCCAUGCUGUGUGGUAUUAUGUUUGGUCUGUUGACAGUCGUUCACAUUGCGAGCUAACAGCCAUCAUUGUUUAAUAGGAGUCGAGGGGGCUCCAGAUGUGCUUUAUAGAUGAGUACUGACAGUCCUGUGCUGUGCGCACUGACUGACAAAAGCAUGCCAGGCUGCAAAACAUCUGUCUGACAGGGUCACAUCAGUGCAGUGCGCUUCAGUUUCAGCUGUGGCUGUUGCUGUGACUGUGACUGCACCCCAGGCACAUCCGUCUCGUCAGUCGGCGCACUAAUCCUCACUGUUCCGGAGUGUUCCGGAACCCUUUGGAGAGUAUACUGUAGUAGUAGCGUAGCAGCAAUGCUCCAUGCUGUCACCGGGGAAAAAGGCCACGGUGAUGGGAUCGUCAUGGCGUCUCGGACCAUUUGUUUUGCUCAUGACGCCGGGGCUGAGGCUGAGGGCAGCCUGCCUGAUGAUAGCAUCUUCAUUUUUUAUUUUUAUAGGUCCUUCAUGUCUCUUACUAUGCACAUUUGCCACAUAAUGGGACUUAACGCGCAGUAUGUCUGUUUUAUUAUUAUUUUAUUUUUUUUGUAAAGGGAAAUUUAACCGUCAUUACGAGGGACUAUAUAUGGCUUGCUUCUUUCUUUUUUUCUGUUAAUACCAAAGUCUUUUUUGAAAAGCCUGCCUGGCUAUUGCAUUUCAUGUGUCAUUGUAUUUGUUUACGUGCUGAUGGUGCCAUGGUGUCGCUUGUCUCCUGGAAGAAAGCGUCCGUGCGAUGCGACGGAGCGAAGCAUCGCCUCGCAACGCAACGUCUGUCUGUCUCCAGCUCCCCAGAGGAGAAAACUGCCUAUGUAAAAGAGUUUUAAAGUCCUCGCUGUUUGCGUUUUAUGUGGAGCAUGCAAGGGAUUCUAGACAAGACUGUAUACCGAUUGUGACGAGACUUCAAUUAAGCUUUGUAUAAAAAAAAAGGACUUGGUGGUGGCAUUAUUUGUUUGAGUUUUAUUCUUUAGGGAGGUUUGGUGGGGGGAUGUAGCUUUUUCUGGUAGCGGGACAUCUUGAAUUUCUUCCAUUGGAGUAGGGGAGCCUUUCUUCUUUUGUCAUAGGGUGAGCUGUCUAUCUAUCAAAGGGAACAGCACUAAAGCACAACAUUUAGUAAAUCUGUUACAUUUUUUUUUUCUAUCAUUAUUUAUUCACAUCAUUUUCUUUUUGUUUGGUUUGUUUUCAUUUCUGGACAAUGUGCAACACCUUUCUUUGGGAAGCUGCUAGUGUUGUUCACUGUGUAUUAGAAGAAUGCCUGAUCAUCUCGAUGUCUCUUCCUCCUACCCUCGACCCCCUCCUCCAGUGAUGGGCAACCUGAAUUCAGAAGCAACAAUCCAGUGCCACAUAUUCCAAAUGUCCUGGGGUGUAUUUCUCAAAAGAGAAGUUGUUGGCCUGUUAGCAACUUCGGCAGUUGCCAAUGGGAAAAUGCAUCGAGAACAACGAAGUAGCUAAUGUAGUAAGCAACUUUGGUUUCAAGAAAUGCACCCCAGAAUUGGCUUGUCCAAAUACAUGGGUUUACCGUCUUUAUGAACAUCAUGUUGUGAGGAGGGGCAAGACACUGGCAGCCAACCACGUGAGCUAAUUUUUUGACCGACAACGGUUUCCAACAAUCAGAGGUUGAGUUGUGUGCAGCUAGUGUCGCGCAGCCAGGAGAAAACAAAAAUUUAAAACCCAUGUAUAGGUCAGUGUUGAUCGGUAAAACCAAGUCAUUUGGAAUAUGUGGCACUGCAUUGUAGCUAUUGAAUACAAGUUGCCCAUCACUGCCCCCCAUCGUGUAUUGCCAUGUGUGUGUGACCCCGCCCCCCAGCCACAUGUGACGUAUGCAAUAAACCAUUUCCUGGGUUGCUGUUAGCGACAAGCAUCCAGAAAGGUUGUACAAACUUUGCAAUCCAAGCACAAUGUGCACAUGUGACCAUUUUUAUGCAGGAGAAGGAAAAAAAGAUGUUUAUAUAAAAAAAGAACUUCAAUCUUUGUGCUUUAAAUUGCUUUUUAAAAAGUUGUAAAAAUAAAGGCAUCUUUUC